GUUUGACUAAUACAACAAGUCAACUAGACCAAUGAAAACCCACUCAGUGGUGGUUUAGGACCAUUAUUAAUCGAAGGAACACAAUUUUCAUUACAACAGUAUCGCGUCGUAAUAGCAUAGUGGUGUCUGGGUGCAGGGAAACUAAUAUUGCGCAUUAUUUUGGGGUAAACGGUGUCUGCUAUGGGUGCUACAUCCAUGAUACGAGUUGAUCAGCCUGUGAUGAUAGAAUAGUAUCUUAAAUAACCUCACUAUUUAACUGCAUUUUCCUCAGUAACAAGCAAUGCAACGUGAAAGUUAGUAACUGGGGCCGGACAUAAGGUUGUUAACUGUCUCACUUUGAUGACAUUUAACGAACUGAAAGUGAGCUUACGUUAACUUAGCUUAUCUGAAGCUAACAGUUCGACCGUUGGCUAAACCCAGUCGUCGCUAACUCUUUUAGCUACGUGCUUCGUCGUGUGGAUUUCAUCGAGCAACUCCCCCAAAUAACCAAUGUUCACUUAUUCCAGACGUGUAACUAAACGCUAACAUGGUAGAGUGUCGUUUCUGUCUCUUAAUCUAUCGCGGUGUAGUGCAUAAAACAUUACAAUUUGAUUAAUACAAAGACCAGCUCGAGCCUAAACAAGCUAGCGGCUAGCUCAUUUCGCCAUGUUGCCAUCAUUUCGGUUGUGCACAACGGGAGCUAACGUUAGCCAGGCCAGCUAUUUAGACAGCGUUACAUCAGAUAAAAACUAAGCAACAGAGGGACCAUUAACUACAUGUUUCUUUAUAUAGUUACUGUGCACUUAAAAUACAUUAGGUUCAGAAAAAUGAAAACAUCGUCAAAACACAAACCUGCAGAGCAACACCUCUUUCCUUCUCUACCGAACAUGGAAUCUACAGGUUUUCGUAGAGUGUGCCGAUUGGCGGAGAAAAACGCCAAUCAAACAGUCGGGACUCACAAUUGGCUAGAAUAAACGUCAGUCGCAAGAAAAUAGGCGUUUCCAAACUGUAUUUCCGUGUGCUGAUACAUCCGUGAAUUUCAGUGUGGCUGCUCUCAAGUUAUUCCAGUUUAUAAGUACCAAGACGUGACCAUCCCCAGAGACAGGGCUUAUAAAAGCGGACGUGUGUGCAUAAAAAUAACAGAAGCAAUUCUCCUAUUUUCUUGGUUCAUAAUAGACUAAUCUCCUGUGAUAAACCACCACAAGAUUUGGCGGCAAGUGGUUCAGGAGAUACAGAGAGAACAUGACUCCUUAAACUACCUAUAAAUCCUGAGGGAUUACAGGGUGCAAGGCAAUGAGUUAAAUUGUUGACAUUUGAACCAUAACUUGUGUAUACAAUUAGGGUCUUUGCUAACGUGUGCUCUUUGGGAGGAUCAUUACUGAUAAAUGCAAUCAAAUAGAAAAUAACAGAACUGUCUUAAUAUAAUAACAAGGAACAGUGAGGACAUUAUCUGGAAUUGGCCUUGUCACAUACACACAAAAGAAAAGAGGAUGACCCCUGAGGUUCAGGCAGUGGUACAUUCUACCCAAGCCUGGCUGCGUUCCUCCUGGCAAGUUCAGGUGCCCUUUGCCUGGCUGGAGGCCUGCGUGGAGUGGCUGCAGGAGGAGGCAGGAGGAGCAGGUCGUCUGUCACAGCAGCAAAUCAACCAACAGGCGCUGGACCAGUGGUUGCUGACAGACCUGAGGGACCUGGGCCACCCGGUUCUCCCGGAGAGUUUCUCCCAGGCCCAGCAGACUGAACUCAGCGGCACCUUCUGUGUCCAGGUUGACUCAUUACUGGACAUUGGUCAGCCUGCAUACGGUCAGCUGCAGAAGUGGAAGGGCUCGGAUUGUACCAACGACGAUGUGUCUGCUGUCACACAGGCCACCCAGAGGCCCUGGGAAGCCAGACCAACACGCAUGCUACUGUUGCAGGUGACCGAUGGAGUCCAGAGCUUGGAGGCAAUGGAGUAUCAGUCCAUUCCUGCACUCAGCACAGCUCUCAGGCCUGGUGUGAAGCUUCAGCUGCAGGGGAAGAUGGUUUGCAGACUUGGGAUGCUUCUGUUGGGGCCUUCCAACAUAAAGGUCCUGGGUGGUGAAGUAGAAGAACUGGUGGAGAGGAAUACACCGGGGAAGGUGCUGUGUCGGACACUGGGACUUCCUGAGGAGGAGCAGCAGCAGCAGCAGCAGCAGCAGCAGGAGAGGGCGGAUCCAGCACAUCAACAAGGUAACCAGGAAGUGGAGGACCUGGAGUUCGAUGACGCAGAGCUGUUGGCCAGUGUGGAGGCCCAGGAGGUGGCGGGGAGGGUUCCCGUUGGUCCUGUUGGAGACAGCGGCUACGGGACGCUCGGUGAGACCUACACUCAAUCCCAAAGAAGCUCCUCAGUCAGGAGCCUCGUCUCGACAGCCUCAUCCAGAAGUGGUUUGAUCCAGGGCAACCGAGGUGGUUCAGUCCAAGGUUGUCUCCAGGGUAACGAACAAGAGGACUUUGACCUUUUAAAUCAACCAGAGAUCCUUGAUCACAACAUGACAGAUGAAGACUUUCCUGAUGAAGACUUUGACGAUCUUCCUCUAGAUGAGUUGGACAGUGUGAUUUUGAGUAGUACAAACAUUACUGCGCAGUCUGAUGGUAUUCACAGGAGCACGCCACAGAACAACAAUAUACUAACAGGAAAUCCUAACAGAGCAACAAAUGCCCAAACUGCUCAGUCUGAGCUGCACACUUCGAAUGACUCUGGCUCACAACUUGGAUCAAACAACUCCAGGUCCAACACACAGAAAAGAGACUUUGCUAAAAGAGCAGCAGCUUUAGAAUCAGAUGUUGUUGCUGACGAUGAAAGUGAUUUCUUGGAUGAAGAAAUGGACUGCUUUCUUGCAGAGGUAGACACUGGGAGGUUAAAUCAGCUCCCUGUCCAUCAAGGACCUAGCAAAUACAGGGAGAGCUCUACCAACAAAACAGACACUGCAGGCUCCAGUUGUAGGAUUACCAGCGAGUCAUCAAAAAGUGUAACACAGUCUGCAUUUGAUAGCUCGCAUAACACAGCUCAAGUACAAAAUAACACCUCAACCACUGCAGUAUUUGAUAGACUAUCCGCUAAAGCUGAACCUCAGUGUAGCUCGCCCCCUGCUCUCACGCUGACCUCUCCACCUUUUACAUAUUUGUGCGUAUUUGAAGAGAUGAUGUCCAAACCACAACAUCACACCACAGAAAUCCGAGUCAAGGCUUUCAUUGUGACUCUCUUGGGAAAACUGAGCAGCAACAACGGUUUUUGGCGCGUCUGUGCUACAAUAUCCGAUGGAACCGGGUACAUGGACGUAGAGCUGUCCAACGAGGUUUUGACGGGCCUGCUGGGCUUCUCGGUGGCGGAGAAGGGGGCUCUGAAGCGUGACCCAGCUAGGAGAGGGGAGCUCGACAUCGGGAUGAGGAGGUGUCAGGAGGAGUUGGUGGACAUGUGCAGUGUUAUGACUAUCGUGGUCGGACCAGAUGGCAGAAAAGCUGUCGUGACCAGGGCGGACCCCGUCAAUGAGAAAGUGGUCCAGCAGCUGGAGCAGAGGGUGAGAGACGGGAAAAAAUAGACAUGCGCUUGAGGGGAAGUGGGGGCGAUAAUGAGAACAUUACAGAUGGGGAGAAAUGUAUUGCACUUAAGCAGAGAUGAAAAAUUGCAAAUACUGUAUAUACAUCGCCUUGAAAAUUGUCCCUCAGGUAAUGAAGCUAAGUUUUUUUAGGAUUGGUAUUCAAUCUGCCCUUCUGCUGUGGAUUUGGAGAGCAGGUUGUGUGAACUGGAUGUCUGAUGAUCAGCAAGAAGCGUGUUGCAAGGCAUCCAUAUGGUAUAUGUAAAUGUAACACCCUGUCAUUUGUCACUAUAUGAUUUCCUUUAUCUAUUUAAAGAACUAUGUCUGCUUCAAAUGCACUGCAUCAUUCCCAAAGAUAACCAAUACAUAUCUAUACUAAAUCUUAAUGAUUGGUUUUCAACGUAUUAGUUAAAAACUCCCUGAUUGUAUUUUAACUUAUAUGAGGAGAAGAGCGAAGCAAGUGAGAUGAGAGAAGGGAGCCGGGGGAGAAAAUAAGCCAUGUUCUGAUUGUUGUAAUGAAUUGCCAGCCUUUGCAUCCAUUCAGUACAUUCAUUACUUCUGACUGAAAAAUGAUUGAAUAUUCAAGGGCAGCAUGGGUCUUUAAUAAAGCCCACCGGAGGAGAAAGAGAGGAAAGGGAGAUAAUAAGGAGACCAUGAGCUUCGAUGAUAUGUGUUUAUGUAGGGCAAUAUAUAUAUAUAUAUGUAUACAUGUAUAUGUAUACCACACUGAUGUGAUGUCUUGCCUGUAUUAACUGCAUAUUGAUAUAAAUUGUUUUUUAUUUAUUUUCUUUUACACUGACUAAUAAAACUUUCCAUUUCUCAGUGUCAAA